AUGCAAACUACUUUUAUCAUAAUAGCUGUCAUUGCUACUUUGCUUUUAGCCACUACCUAUCAUGCUUUUGCUGCUACUAUCGCUACUGAAAUGAAGGCAAUGUACAAGUGGCGACUAAUCGCUGGUCCUGGUAGUGUCGUUGAUGCUGUCCCUGUUGCUGUCUCUGUAAAGAACACUGGAGAGAAGUUUGACGCUGCUCUAGAUGAAGAGGCUGUUAAUAUUAGAGACAGGCUUUAG